AUGGAUGCACCACCAACGAUGAAGCUGUACAUCCUACUCGCCUACAUCACUGCUACAUUGGCAUCUUGCCAGAACACGAGUCCUUUCGACUUUGGGCUUGAGGCCAUCUACGCCGAUUCAGACAUCUCCUGCCAUGGACGCACAGCGAUUCCUGUGCACGCUGUCGAGGUUUUCGCAGUGCCUCACAUCAGCUGGUCCACUCUCAUCACUUCCAUGAGUGCCAACGCAGAAUUCUCGCACUGGCUCUUAAUCACGGUGACCGUCUUUCAGCAGACCUCUGAAGAAAUGUUCCUUUCGCAACAAGCCACCGACGGCGGCUUUUCCUCUAUUACGCAAGGAAAAUAA